CACAUGGGUGUGGUCUCUCACAUGGUGUGGUCUCUCACAUGGGUGUGGUCUCACAUGGGUGUGGUCUCACAUGGGUGUGGUCUCACAUGGGUGUGGUCUCCGGCUGGUGGAGCUGACUGCUAGGAUGACAUUUAGUUUAUUUUACACACUCACUUGAGUGGUCAAUUGGUUAUUGCAAAUAAAUGACUCAAUAAGGACUUAUUUUCCUUUGUGAUUCUUUAAAACAAGCUCUACUUUGUUUCCCUAAAGGCUGUUUGAUCACACUAGACAAGAGGAAGGUGGUCCUGUGGUCCUAUAGUCGUAGGGAGUAGGGGUGCUGAGGGGGUUGUAGAACCCCCUGGUAAAUCACUAUUUAUUAAAUAGUAAUUGUAUUUUUAUAAUUUCACCAAAUUAUUGCACCAGGCCUUUAUUACUCCAGUACAGUGGAGAAAAAUCCCCCCCCCCCCUCCAUGGCAAAACAUCUUCCCGCGGCCAUGCUAGUAGUUACCUCUCAGUCUCCCUUCAUACUGCAUUAUUACCAGGUAAAUGCUGCUUCACCCCACAGUGACACACUUCAAGUGUGGUUGCACCUGCAAGGAUCCAAAACAAAAAGCCUUGGAAAGGUUACAUCUGUGGUUCCCAACCUUUUUCAGUUACUGUUCCACCAACUGAAUUCUGCUCUGCCUGGAGUACCCCCUCAUGUGCAUUUUACCAGUAGGCCUACCGUCUCACGAGUCAUCUCAAGUAGCCUGUGUGGAAAGGCUUAGUACCGUCAAGAGUCCUGGUACCCCCAAGAGUCCUAGUACCCCCAAGAGUCCUAGUACCCCCAAGAGUCCUGGUACCCCCAAGAGUCCUGGUACCCCCAAGAGUCCUAGUACCCCCAAGAGUCCUAGUACCCCCAAGAGUCCUGGUACCCCCAAGAAUCCUGGUACCCCCAAGAGUCCUAGUACCCCCAAGAGUCCUGGUACCCCCAAGAGUCCUGGUACCCCCAAGAGUCCUGGUACCCCCAAGAGUCCUAGUACCCCCAAGAGUCAUAGUACCCCUAAGAGUCCUAGUACCCCCAAGAGUCCUAGUACCCCCAAGAGUCCUGGUACCCCCAAGAGUCCUAGUACCCCCAAGAGUCCUGGUACCCCCAAGAGUCCUAGUACCCCCAAGAGUCCUGGUACCCCCAAGAGUCCUAGUACCCCCGGUUGGAAACCACUUGGUUACAUGAUGAUCUUGACACACUCCAAAAAGCAGCGGUCUAAUGCAUCUCAGUGCUAACAGCGUCACUACAGACACCCUGGUUCGAAUCCAAGCUGUAUCACAACCGGCCCGUGAUUGAGAGUCCCAUAGGGCGGUGCACAAUUGGCCCAGCAUC